GGCUGACAGAAAAAGUCGACACCAGUGUGGUAUUGGAAGUGGGGAUAACGAUAGAACCCCACUCUCUCUCCCCCCAUUGCGAUGUCGUCUAGGCUUAGCACUGAAAUCCACAAAUUAUGAAUUUCCCCCAAUUUUUUUUUAAUUUUUAAUUUUAAUCAGCAAUAAUUUCUGAAUAAAUCUUCACCUGUGGAUCAAACGGAACUUCGAUUAGCUUCUCCACUCGCCCCAACUCUCGGAUUGCAGGAUGGAAGCAGAACCAAAGAACUCCAAUACUGCAAGAAAAGUUCAAAAAGCUGACCGGGAGAGAUUGAGGAGGGACCGUCUAAAUGAGCAAUUCACUGAGUUGGGAAAUGCCCUCGAUCCAGACAGGCCUAAAAACGACAAAGCUUCUAUUCUCGGUGACACGAUUCAAAUGCUGAAGGACUUGACUUCCCAAGUCGACAGACUAAAGUCCGAGUACUCAGCACUUACCGAAGAAUCUCGUGAGUUGACUCAGGAGAAAAACGAUCUCAGAGAAGAAAAGGCAUCUUUGAAAUCCGAUAUCGACAAUCUCAACGGCCAAUACCAGCAGAGAAUGAGGGCCAUGUACCCAUGGGGUGGGAUGGACCAUUCCAUGGUCAUGCAUCAAUCUUCGUACCCAUACCCAAUGCCAGUACCUGUACCUACAGCUCCAAUUGCCAUGCAUCCAUCCAUGCAGCCUUAUCCAUUCUACGGGAACCAAAAUCCAGCUGUCGUACCUAAUCCAUGCUCUACUUACGUGCCUUACAUGACCCAUAAUACCAUGAUUGAACAGCACGUGUCGCAAGGCGUAGUGCAGCAGCAAUGUACGAGGUCUCAUGCUUCGAGCAGACAAGAACCUAGACAUAAAUCUUCGGAUGGAGAGAGUAGAAUCGAGAAAAUCGAUGAUUCGAAUGACAUUACAACGGAUUUAGAGCUUAAAAUACCCGGAUCUGCUUCCGAACAGGAUUCAUCGUCGAAGCAAAGGAAAGCCAAGAAAAUGGUCAGGAAGGAAGCAAGCCUGACGGAAGGAAGUUCUUCUAGCGGAUGCUCCUCAAUUCACAGUGUGCAGGCUAUCUCGUCUAACAGUAUCGUUGGCGGCAAAAAAGUAAAUGACUGACAAAAAGGAAAGGGAAGUGUUACCACUACACCAUUACAGUAUUUUGUAUCUAUAUUUAACUCUCGCCUCGUGCUUUUAAUUGUCAAUUUGUCUUAUGUGUACUAGUCGGUACUGAUACUGAUUUCGUCGCCGCAAAUUGUCUAUCAGCCCCUUUGUUCCAUAUCAAAAUUAACCAUUUCUUCUUACACACGAAUAUCUAUGCCACUUCGUCUUGCUCUAAAGCGGAAACACUUUGUUAAUUUUAUUUAUUUCUUCUCA